AUGGACAAGCUCAGGUCAAAGACGCGUUCCGCCCGUAACAGACUGGCUGAGGCGACUUCUUCAGGAAACGGAUCUGGGGCGCUUCACGUGCCGCAUUCUACACAGGCACCACACGAGAAUUCAAGCACGGUUGCUGUCAAUGAGGGUUUUUUGGGUCCUCAGGCUGGCACAGCUGCCCGCGACUUUGCCCCGUCAAACAAUUUGCCAGCGGAUUCAGGCCGACAACAAGGCCCCAUACUUGAACCGCCGACUUCUUUGCAAUCUUCCGUCGAUGCUAAUGCACACGUUCCAAAACCUUCCCGUUAUGGAGAUCCUUCUUCGCUGGUAUCACACAGUACACUCUCCGCCGCAAGAGCGAGGAGCAAUUCGGCCCCUCAACGUCGGCCAGCUGUAGGUAUGCGACAAGCUAGUAUAGGAAUUCGGAGGCAACCCGCCUCCAAUGCCCUCCGACAAAUAGCACAACAGUCGAAUAAUGCAUCAACGAACCGUCUGAGUACUUUGCCAGCGCUGGACGAAGAUCACGCUUUCGGAGAGGCCCGAUCCAACCAGGGAAGCGAGUCGACACUUACCGAUCCUGAACCAGAGCGUAGCAGAUUGGGCAAAGCAAAGAGUGCUCUGCAGAUGAAGAUACCGUUUUGGGGAAGCAGGGAAAAGGGAAAGAGCACAGGCACAGAUGGCACUACUGGAGAACAAGAUGAUAACAUGUCUAUGAAUUAUACGUCGGACAUGGUGGACGUGCUGGACACGAUCGACCCGGAGGUGGCAACUUUGACCUCUCUUACCAACAUGCAGAACUCCCUAUUCGUUCCCAACCUACCGUUCCUGAACCGUCGACCUACUUACAACCUACGCCGCCACGACAGUGAAACGGAAGAGAUCGAGCGGAUGAUGACAGCGGCGCAAACUCCUCCACCGGAACCCCCCGCUGGCCCUAAAUUGAGGCGGACCGAGACAGAAGGCACCACUGCUACAUUGAUGACUAUCGACUCACAGCUCAGUGAGUCUCGGUAUGCGGUGCUACCAGAUGGCACUUCUUUGGAAGGCUGGAGCAAGGAAGACAAGAAAGAGGUCAACGACCAUGUCCGACACAUGUUGCACUCGAGGAGAUCAAAAUUCAAGCGUACAAUGAAGGGUUUCGGACAAUAUGUCCGACGACCCCUGGGUUUCCUGGUCACACUCUAUGCUACCUUGAUCACCAUAUUCGGUCUUGCAUGGGUACUGUUCCUUAUCGGCUGGGUAAACGUCGGUGGAAAGCAAAUCUACGUCGUUCAUAUCAUUGACAGCGUCCUGGUCGCCCUCUUCGCCAUUGUCGGCGACGGUCUCGCCCCCUUCCGCGCAGUUGACACCUAUCACAUGAUUUAUAUUGCUCACUACCACCACUUCACCUGGUCGCGACGCAAAAAGCAACAACUCCCCGACCUCCGCGAUCGCAACGACCUCCCUUCCGGCAACGCGCCCGUCACCGUACCCCGUACCACGGACCCCGAAGACCCCGAAAAACAAUGGGAGUUCACCAUCCUAACCCCAACCCAACAAGCCAAGCUCGAACACCACCAAGGCAAAUUCUGCAAAUCCCACUCCUUCUACAAACCCCACGAGACGGAAACCCACCACGCUUUCCCCCUACGCUUCCUCAUCGCCAUCGUCGUCCUCCUCGACUGCCACUCGCUCUUGCAAAUCUCCCUCGGCGCCUGCACCUGGGGCAUCUACUACAAAACCCGGCCGUUUGCCAUCACCACCGUCAUCCUCAUCUGCUCCAUCUCCUGCAACGCCACCGCCGGCCUCCUCAUCUGGCUCGGCGACAAGCGGACCCGCAAAAAGGAUGUCGUCGAGCGCAUGAAUCGCCAGGAACUCACCGAGGAGGCGAUUCGCGAGGUCGAGAAGAAGAAGGCGAGGGAGAGUGAGAGCGAGAGGGAGGAGGAAGAGGGCAAGGGGAAGAGGAGGAUUAGUUUGGAGGCGGUUAGGGGCCGGUUUGGGGAGAGGAGGGACAAGGAGAGGGAGGGGCAGCAGAGUGCUUAUCCUUGA